AUGACGGACUCAGCUUGGGCAAUACCGAGCGGCGCCAUCAUCAGCCUGGCGCCCCGCUUCGGCUGGCUGCUGUACCAGGGCGAGGAGGAGGAGGAAGAAUUGGACCUGGUCUUCGAGUCAGAGUUCCUGUACCGCUUUCCCCACGAGGAGGAGGAGGAGGAGGAGGAGUCCCACUCGGAACCGGCGUCGCACGAGAGGCGCGGCUGGGGCCGGUCGCCGUGGAGGCCGACCGGGGACAUCAUCAACGCCAUCGACCAGCCAACCGGCUUCCUGCUGCACCGCAACAAGCGGAUGGUGCGGGACAAGAAGAUGGUGUACAGCGGACUGGAGAACGUCUUCUCCAUCUUGGGUCUGGACGGCCGCGCCUGUCUGCUGCGGGCCAUCUGUGAAGUCAGCGCCACUCCUCUGGUGUACGACGGUAUCGUGGGAGAGCUGCUCAACAUCGCGCUCGUGCCCCGACACACGAACGGCCACCACGAGGAUCUGACGCGCUACCUGGAAGCCGAAGAACACGGCAAGCUGGACAGCGACUGUGGCGCCGUCUAUCCAGCCUGCCCGGUCUCCCUCUUCCAGAAGGUGGCGCCAGGAUCGAUGCACUUCGAGUAGGCGACGCCAGCGAUGCCGCCAUAGAUUCGUUUUAGUCCAGUGUGCAAUGAUCACGCACCAGGGGCGUAGUUUCGCAAAAUGAGUUUGGCGAGAGGGCAAACACUGGAAAACGACUGCACCUGC